AUGGAGAACCGGUCUCGGGUCCGGUGUCCGGAGAAUGAAGAACUGGCGUCGUUCAUGUGGAACAAGUGGAAAGACAUGGCUGCGCAACCCAAAGGUCUUUCCGAAAACAUGGAAAUGACACUUUCUAAAGCUCAUUUCAAUGUCUGUAACUCUAAAAACCCAAUUCGAACUAUUAAAGAUUUUUCUCUUGUCAAGGGUGUGGGGAAAAUGAUAUUGAGGCUGAUGCAGGGUUUUUUUGGGACCGGUUCUGGAGGUACUGAACCAGGGACCGGUUCUGGAGGCACUGAACCAGCUGACUUGACCAAAAAGGGAAAUAAAACUAAAGGAACUAAGCGCUAUAUGCCUCAAAGGAACUCUGUGGCAUAUGCAUUAUUGAUAACCCUUUACAGGGGAACUUCAAAUGGGAAUGAAUUUAUGCGUAAACAGGAGCUUAUUGAUGCUGCUGAAGCCAGUGGGUUAUCUCGAGCACCAAUUGCGCCAGAAAAAGGGAAAGGAAAACCUGGACAUUUUGGAAAUCCUCCACAGGAAUGGUACAGUGGAUGGAGCUGCAUGAAGACAUUGGUUUCUAAAGGAUUAGUUGUAAAAUCAAGUUGCCCAGCAAAGUACAUGCUAACUCAAGAAGGUAAGGAAGCCGCAUGCGACUGUAUUAAAAGAUCUGGAAUGGCGGAAUCUUUGGACAAAUCGGCUUCUGUUGAAAUUUCUUUUCAUAUGGAUAAACAAAACUCAUUAGAUAUGGAAGCCAAUGCUCAUGAUAUGGAAUCAGAAGUGACAUCGCCAUUGAACCAGCAAAAGAAACCAAUUCAUGUUCCUUUUGAUUCCCUUGAGAGGUUUACAAAUAUGGGUUACUCCAAAGAGCAAGUUAUUAGUGCUUUUGAGAAUGAAUCCAUUAGCCAUCCAAAUAAAGAUGUCUCAUCUCUGUGGCCGGCAGUUUUAUGUCAUCUUCGGGAGGAGCAAGUCUAUGGUUCACAGCCAGAGUCUCAAAUAAUGAUGAGUGCUAGUAAUGUUGUAAAUGGUCCCAAAGUUCCUGUUAGAAAAGAGAACAGAACUGUGAGUUCAUCCUCUGGUGGGCAUGUGGCAAACUUAGGUUCUCCUGAUAUUCCAACUUUUCCCAUGAGAGCUUGCUCAUCCGUUGAUCAUACCACGCAAAAGCCAAACAAGGAUGAACUUGAAUCAAAGAUGAACAUUUUAAGUAUGCCACCACUGAGCUUGGGGGAGAGAUUUGAGGAUGCUUAUGAGGUAGUUUUAAUAUUGGAUGAUCGGGAGCAGUUCGCUACACAAGGAUCCCGAUCUAGAAAGAUUAUUGAUAAUAUUCGCAGCCACUUCAAAAUCAAAAUAGAGGUUCGGCGAUUGCCCGUUGGAGAUGGGAUUUGGAUAGCGCGCCACAAAAAUCUUGGCAGUGAAUACGUGUUGGACUUUAUUGUCGAGAGGAAGAAAAUUGAUGAUCUACGCAGUUCAAUUAGGGAUAACCGCUACAAGGAUCAGAAGUUAAGACUUGUGAGAUGUGGGCUGAGGAAGUUGAUAUAUCUUGUUGAAGGUGAUCCAAAUUCUUCUGAAGCUGCUGAAAGUAUAAAAACAGCCUGUUUUACGACAGAGGUUCUGGAGGGAUUCGAUGUUCAGAGAACAACUAGCUUAGGCGAUACCCUAAGGAAGUAUGGUCAUCUUACCCAAGCAAUUUAUCAAUAUUACAAGUCCGGAUUUUUUGAAGACAAUAAUAAACGCUCUGCGAUAUGUCCUCCUUUUGAUGAAUUUAUCAGAAGGUGUCAAGAUCUUGAAAAAAUGACAGUUAGUGAUGUAUUUGCAACCCAGCUUAUGCAGGUUCCACAGGUUACCGAGGAGAUUGCCAUGGCUGUGUUGGAUUUGUAUCCUACACUUCUGUCUCUUGCUCGCGCAUACACACUACUUGAUGGCGAUUCUCGCGCGCAAGAGCAAAUGCUUCAAAGACAAAGUAGUAAUGUGAUCAAUGCAACUGCUAGUAGGAAUAUUUUCCAGCUUGUUUGGGGUAGCUGA